UUUAUCGCCUUCCCUCUUUCGGCGAGCCAAGCCGCGGGGGCAGGCGCGCUGCCGCGGCCCAUCGACGUUCGAGGAGCCCUCUGGGCCUGUCUCCGCUUAGCUGUGGGCCGACCAGCCCCCCCGCCCCCCGCGUUGCCGUGGGGACGGGACGCCACGCCGGGCUCCGCCCAGAGGUGAAGAGAGGCGGUGUAAGACGGCCUGGGGUAGCCGCCGCCCGCCCGCCAUGGAGUCGAGCAAGGGAAAACAUACUAUCCCAAAACCACAUCCUCCAGUUGUAGGUGAGGUGACCCACCACAGCAUUCAACUCUCUUGGAAUUUGGAAAAUACAGCACAAAGAAAAGGACCUCAAGAGCAAUGGCUAAAGAUUUCAAUUGAAGAAGAGGACCCCAAAUUACAUACCUAUGGUACCAUUUAUACAUUUUUUAGGGGAUAUGCUAGACAACAUGUCAUAGAAGGUCUUCAGCCAAGAACGACCUACAGAUUUCGACUAAAGGUCACUAGUUCUACAGGGGAGUGUUCUUAUAGUCCAGCUGUCUCAGUAUCCACUACAAGAGAGCCGAUGAGUGGAGAGCAACUUCAUCGAGCUGUCAGUAUGAAUGAUGUAGAUGCAGUUCUUAACAUUCUUCAGGGAGGACAUGUGAAGGUGGAUGUUCCUGAUAAACUAGGCUUUACUGCUCUGAUGGUUGCUUCUCAGAAAGGAUAUGAUAGGCUUGUGAAAAUAUUGGUACAGAAUGGAACAGAUGUAAAUCAGAAGAAUGGAAGUGGAAAGGACAGCCUAAUGUUAGCUUGUUUUGCUGGUCACCUGGAUAUUAUUAAAUACCUCAGAGAACAAGGAGCUUCUUGGGAAGUCAGAGAUCUGGGAGGUUGUACAGCUUUGCACUGGGCUGUGGAUGGAGGACAUUGUGAGGUUAUUGAAUGGAUGAUUAAUGAUGGCUGUCAGGUAGAUGCUAAAGAUACAUGCUUAGAAUGGACACCAUUGAUGAGAGUUUCUGCAGUAACAGGGAAUAAGGAUGUGGCAUCUCUUUUAAUUGAAGCAGGAGCAGAUGUAAAUAUGAAAGAUAAAGAUGGCAAAACACCUUUAAUGGUGGCAGUAUUAAAUAACCAUGAAGAGUUGAUUCAGUUGCUCCUGGAUAAAGGAGCAGAUGCUACUGUUAAAAAUGAGUAUGGCAAAGGUCUUCUAGAAAUGGCUAGAGGUUUUCACAGACACAGCGUGGUCAUCUUGUUAGAAGAAAAUAAGAGAAAAUUAAGUGAGAACACCAAUUGUCCUCCACCAGUUCUUGGCUCACAGGCACGUGAGGUUUUAUGCAGAACAGAAGGGGCUUUGGAAGAUGCCUGUGGGGGCAGGGGAAAAUGCAACAGUUCUAGGAUUUUCCUCCAUUUGUGCUAUUUCUUCUAGAAGCCAAAUCUUCCUUUUAAUCAGGAGAGCAUUCCUAGUUCUUUCCAGGGCAAAGAUAAUGUCUGCAGUGAAAAAUUCUGUUCUCUGAAUCCAGCCUUUCAAAAAACUGUCAGCCAACUAAUAUGAUUCACAUUUUGGUGCAGAUGCUAACUUUCUUUUCCACUCUAUUUACCUUUGUAAGAUGUAAAGUCAAAAUGGAACCAUGAAAACAGUAAUACUGUUAGCCAUGGCAAUUAAGCAUAAAAACAAUCCAUUAUUUGUUAUCUUCUGCAUCUACGUUUUUUCCAGGGAUGGGCUGUUUACGCAGCUAUCAUCUAACACAUGAUGUUUUUAUCUCUCACUUUGUGCUGGAAGGAAACUAGACUAUUUCUUACUCUUCUGUCUGUCAUUUUACAUUUUAUUUGACAAUCUUCCUUCCCUUUAUAAUGAAUUUACUCAAAGAGCAGGGAUCUAUGAGGUGAAUCUAAAGGUUCCAACCCUGCUGAAGAACAAUAUGGAAUUUCAGGGGGAAAAGGGGUUACAUUUUUUUGCUUGUUUUUAGUUUGCUUUUUUAAAAAUGUAGGAAAUUACACACACAAAAGUGUUAGAAGAAUAUUACUAAAGUUGCAAACAGAAGCACUGAAAAGGAAAUACCAGAAUUAAAGUUGCUUGUGCAACCUUAAUUCAGCCCUCUUAUCCAUAUGUAUCAGGAAAAGUCUUUUUAAUUAUAUUUACAUACUGUUUUUUCCAGAAUACCUUCUUAUAAUGUUCAAAACAAGUAAAGCGGUAAUGUAUAUAUUACAUGUACAGGUCUACUAACAGAGCAAGGUCUGCAGCUGGGAGGGAAUUGGAAGCUUCUUAAACUAAUGACAAACGUACAUAAUGCUGAAACACAAGUUGUUUAAGGAAAUUUCAGGAUACCCAAACAUAUGACACCAAAAGUAGCUGUCUAGCCUGCCUAAAGCUGCUCCUACUCCUUGGUAAUAGAAAAGCAGAUAAACUGCUCUUUCAGUAUUAACGUAAUUUCUGUUCUGCAAACGUUUAGCAAGGAAUGUGGUAUGAGAAAUUAAGCUUGUGUUAGACAUCUAUGUUUCCUUCAUAUGCUCAGUAAGCUAUUUCAAAUGCAGCUCUAAAAUGAGUUUGUAGCUCUGACUCCCAAUGGCUAAAGAAAACACUAUUUGUAAACAAGUUUUUUCUGUUAGUUUACCAUAUAUAAAGGUGAUAGUCAAACUCCUAUAAUUUUUUUUCAAAUUUUUAAGUACAUAUUUAGAAAAUAUCUGCAUACAUGUAUAACAAAAAAGUGCCUGUGAUAUGCUAAUGUAUAAGAAAAAUAAUUCUGUUGCAUAGUGAAAUUUUACGGUUAUUUAGAGUGUCGAAAUGAAAUAAUUGACAUACCUAGCAAAGAAAGAUGUUACCGUACUGAUUUCUUAGGUAGUAUCUUAUAUUUUUUUUCUUGAUGUGGUGCUUGCAUUUUUUUCUAAAUCAUUUUGGUAAUUACAUAAGACAAAACAAAACAAAUGUGUUUACUGUUUAUUGAAUAUAGUAUUCUUAACAAUGAAUAGUGUCCUGCUUUUGCAGCAUUACAUUGUAUUCACUUGUAAUACCUUAAAAUAACAAAUUCUAUAAGAAAUGUGUACAAAAGUAACACAAACUGUUAUAUAGCUAAGUGUGUGAAAAAGUUAAGCACAUUUAAGUUUAACUGAAGCAUGAUAAAUGAAUGGUUCAUAAAAAGUAAUGUGCUGGUUUAUGUAGCUUUAAUCUCAGAUCAUACUGUGCUAAAUGGUCUGCAGUUUAAACAGUUAAAAUUACUUAUCAGUUGCUACAUUUUUUUUUUAGAAUAGCACCUUUUUUUCCCCCGAGUCUAACCUAGUGAAAACAUGCCUUGUAUUUUUACAUAUCCUGCCUUAAAGUGCUUUUAAAAAUAUUUUUCUGUGACUGCUCUGUUAAUGAUUGUUUAGUCACUGGUCACACUUUUUAAUGCUUUGUUUAAAAACAUAAAUUAAUACAUACAAAAGUCUUGUGUUGGUUUGAAAUAGAUGUGAAUGUAUAUUGGAAAGGCAUAUUGGUAUGUUGGAGAAGCAAACAGCAUGCAGAAGAGAGUAUGCAAAAGCAGGAAUUUGACAGCGAGAUGAAAGUUUAUGAGAUGACUUAAGAUAACAUGUAGCACUUCAAUAGUUUUUAAAGUGCUUUGUAACUAACAACUAAUUAAGCUUCAAAACCAUCCUAUGAACUGGGUAAUUAAGUGUUACUAUAUCCAUUUCACGGAUUGGGAAAACUGAUGCAGAGAGGUUAAAUAACUGUGCAAAAUCAAAAAGAGAAAUCUGUAUCAAGAGAAGGAUGAAAAUUCAGGAUCUCCCAAUUCCUACUCCCAUAUUUAAACCAUUAGACCCCACGCUCUCUUAAAUGUGUAGUAGAUUAGUAUUUUAUUUCUUUUUCUGUUAGCUAAAUUCAUAUUUAACUAUAUUUUGCGAAAUGUGAUGAUGAUACAUAGGGGCAUAAUCUCUUGUGGAUAGGUUUAUUUAGUUGCUGUUCAGAAGGGAUAAUCUGUAUGUAGAAUGAGUUUUGGCACUAAUGAGUUUACAAAAGUAAAUUUCCUAGUGUACUAAAAGAUAAU